CGACCUGAGUCGGGCCGAGCGGAGCCUGAGCGGAGCCGGAGCGGAGCGGAGCCGUGCCGUGACGAGACCAGCCGCACAGAACCGAGCCCAACCGACCUGAGCGGAGCCGCACCGACCCAGCCGAGCCUCUCCCUGCCUCGGCCGCUCAGCCGCCGGAGCCCGGCGCUCGGCGGAGCCGUCCCGGCGGCGGGGGCGGCGCGGGGCCGGGCCCGGCCGGGCCGCCGGUCCCUCCUCCCCGAUCCCCCGCUGCUCCCCCUUCGCUCCCUCCCGUUCCCUGCCGUUCCCUCCCCGCCUCCCUGCGCAGCGCGAACAUGGCGGCGGCGGCGGCGGCGGCGAGGGACUGAGCAGCGCCAGCGCUGGGCGGCCGCGCAGGUUUUGCUAUGCCUCAGUGUUUGUACUGACUCUGCUGUCUUGUAGGAGUGAUGGGGAACUAGAGCCCAUGACAGUUCAGUGGAGCCCUUGGCACUUUUGAUAUCUCGACAUCUUCAGUUCUGUAAGAGCCAUUGCCAGGAUAAAGACAGCAGCAGGUGGUAGAAUGCGGAAGCCAGGCCCUCAGAAAGCCAUAGACUGGAAGGAUGGUAAAAAGCACAAGUACAGCCGCCCAUCAGAGUCUCCCUCCCAGUACCAAGGUCACUUCACCUGGGAGAAGUACCUGAAAGAGACAUGUGCCAUCCCAGCUCCUGCCCAUUGUUUCAAGCAGUCCUACACUCCGCCUGCCAACGAGUUCAAGAUCAGCAUGAAGCUGGAGGCGCAGGACCCGCGGAACACCACGUCCACCUGCAUCGCCAGCGUGGUGGGGCUGACGGGCGCCCGCCUGCGCCUGCGCCUCGACGGCAGCGACAACAAGAACGACUUCUGGCGCCUGGUGGACUCUGCUGAGAUCCAGCCCAUCGGCAGCUGCGAGAAGAACGGGGGCAUGCUGCAGCCUCCUCUGGGCUUCCGGCUGAACGCCUCCUCCUGGCCCAUGUUCCUGCUGAAGACUCUGAACGGAGCAGAGAUGGCUCCUGUCCGGAUUUUUCACAAGGAACCACCAUCUCCUUCCCAAAACUUCUUCAAGACAGGUAUGAAGCUGGAGGCAGUGGACAGGAAGAACCCUCACUUCAUCUGCCCGGCCACCAUUGGGGAGGUGAGAGGUUCUGAGGUCCUGAUAACAUUUGAUGGCUGGAGAGGUGCCUUCGAUUACUGGUGCCGAUAUGAUUCCCGGGACAUCUUUCCUGUAGGCUGGUGCUCGCUGACUGGAGAUAAUCUGCAGCCCCCUGGUACAAAAGUUGUGAUUCCAAAGAGCCCUUUACCUGCCUCCGAAGUAAACUCGGAGAAACCUAGCAUGCACAGUAGCACAGAGACUGGUUUGGGGCAGCACCAAGGGCAAAGGCGUCGCAAAACAGGGAAGAAGCGUGGUCGAACGACCAAAGCACUAAUCCACCACCCCCUGCCUACACCCUCCAAGUCAGUGGAGCCUUUGAAAUUCCCCAGAAAGAGAGGCCCCAAGCCUGGCAGUAAGAGGAAACCUAGGACACUGCUGAACCCAGCACCCACCUCUCCAACAACCAGUACCCCAGAGCCAGACACAAGCACUGUGCCCCAGGACGCUGCUACAAUCCCCAGCUCUGCCAUGCAGGCUCCCACAGUUUGCAUUUACUUGAACAAGAACGGCAGCACUGGGCCCCACCUAGACAAGAAGAAGGUUCAGCAGCUGCCAGACCAUUUUGGACCAGCUCGAGCUUCUGUUGUCCUGCAGCAAGCAGUACAGGCCUGCAUUGAUUGUGCUUAUCAUCAGAAAACAGUCUUCUCCUUCUUAAAGCAAGGCCACGGGGGAGAGGUCAUCUCAGCUGUGUUUGAUCGGGAACAGCACACUCUGAACCUGCCAGCAGUAAACAGUAUCACCUACGUCCUCCGCUUCCUGGAGAAGCUGUGCCACAAUCUGCGCAGUGACAACCUCUUUGGGAGCCAGCCUGUCGCUCAGAGCAGCCCCAUGCAGCGCUCCCAGCAGUGCCACCACGACAGGUACCUACCAGACAGAAGCAGCUCGUUAGAAGGCUCUCUGCAGGGACCAGGCCGGGCCACAAAGCGCUUUUCCCAAGAUUCCCCUCCAUACACUGCUCCUCUCUCCCCCAAGUUACCAAAGAAUGACCGUCACCCUUUGGAAGGUGAAACCUUUGUCCUGGGAGACGGCCCCCCCGGGCCCUUAGAGCCUCGCCUGGACCCCAUGGACUCUGCCUUGAACUCUGUCAGUUCAUCCAGCCACAGCAGGAGCUCCAGAGACCAUCGCCUGCCGGGAUACAGGCACCUGCAGCAGCCCUGCAGCCUGAGCCAGGGCGGCUCCUCUGCCCUGCGCAGGCUUAGCUCUGGGGGCUCGGACAGGUACCUGAGCUCCCGGGACAGCCCCCGGCUCAGCCGUGACCCCUCGUCCUGGACGGUGGAGGAGGUGAUGCAGUUCAUCCGGGAGUCAGACCCACAGCUGGGCCCCCACGCUGACCUCUUCAGGAAACACGAGAUCGACGGGAAAGCCCUGCUCUUGCUGCGGAGCGACAUGAUGAUGAAGUACAUGGGGCUGAAGCUGGGGCCAGCCCUGAAGCUCACUUACCACAUCGACAAGCUAAAGCAAGGCAAGUUCUGAGAGGACUGGUGGCAGGAUGGAUCCUGGCAGCUCGGUCCGGCCGUCCCGCCGCGCUCACCUGCCGACAGGUUCGCAUGCACACGCCCCUCCCGCCGCAGACGGACCCGCCCCCGGAGCCGCCCAGGAGGAGCCGGCACAGCUGGAAUCCGCACCAGACUCCAGCUGUGGGCGCUGAAGUGGAGGGUCUCUCCCUGCUGCUCUCCGUGAGCUCCUGGUCCUGCUCCCCCGGGAUGGAGCCGCGCUCCAGGCAGUGCCCCUGGGCACUGAGCCUGCCCAGCCUCGAGGGCUCGGUGCCCCCGGGCACCCCUGAGCCACCCAGCGAGCUCAGAGCACUGACCCCCCCAUCCUGCUCUUCCCCGUGCACCCGGCUCUGCCUACCCCAGCCCCUGCCCUGGCUGCAGCUGGGCACACGGGCAGGGCUGCAGGGUUUCACGGAUUCCAAACUGGAGCCCAUGUGGGAGUGUGGAGCGAGCUGGGAGAGCUGAGGGCAGGGCUGGGCCUGGUGUGCCCCUGGUGUUGGAGGCUGCCUGGAUGCUGCAGGACUUGGCUGAUCCUUCUCGCCUUCUUUUUUAAAAAAAUUUUUUUUUUAUUCUGAAUUUUUUUUUUUUUUUAUUAAGGAGUUGUCUGUUGGAAACGAUGAGAUGAUUUUUCUACCUGUGUUGAACUCGCAACUCUUGGUGGUUUUUAGCCAGAGCUGCUAAGGUUUGUCUUCCCAGGAGCACUCCUGCUCCUCUAGUUUCAGUCUGUCCCAGCUAAGCGUGUGCAAGAGGGUUUUGGGUCUGACUGGAGCAUCCCAGGCUGGUGACCUGUCCUGGCAUUGCUCUUCCUGUGAGGGCAUUGCCCUUCCUGAGGCACCUGUUGGCCCCAAGCAGUUUAAUGUAUUUAUUUCUGAUGGCACUUGAGUGGUUCCCAUGGUCACAGACACAUUUCUGCAGCUGCACGAGGAAUGUUGGAGUGGAGCCACCAGCUGUGCCACCACAGUGUCCCCUGAAACAGCAGCUGCCAGCUCGGGGCUGCCUGGGCACGGAGCAUCACUGGGACCAGCCUGGCCUGAGCUGGGACAGGGCUGACAGGCCAGGGGGGACAGGGAAGGGCUGACAGGACAAGGAUCACAGGACAGGGAUGAUGUGACAGGACAGGGGGACAGGGCAGGGGUGACAGGACAGGGCUGAUGGGACAGGACAGAGGGACAGGACAGGGAUGAUGUGACAGGGAAGGGGUAACAGGGCUGACAGAACAAGGGGAACAGGACAGGGAUCACAGGACAGGGAUGAUGUGACAGGACAGGGGUGACAGGGCAGGGGUGACAGGGCGGACAGGACAGGAGUGAUAGGACAGGACAGGGCUGACAGGAGAGGGAUGAUGUGACAGGACAGGGCUGAUGGGGCCAGCACGGGCUGUCCCCAGUGUGUGCCCACACAUACACAUGCCCCAUACACACAGACAUAGACAGGCACACAGACACAGACACACUUCUCUGCAGUGACCAAAGGGCUGGGACAGAAUCUCCACUCCAGGCACUUCCUCCUGCUGUCCCCACUCACCCUCUGCCCCCGGAGCCGCAGCUCGCCCCUCUGCAGCCUCGAGGGGCCCCUGUGGUGACCAACCCUCCAGGCUCUUGCACUGAGUCAGGUUUACCCCUAAGGGGCAAAGUUGCAAAAAAAAAAAAAAAAAAAAAAAAAAAAAAAAAAAAAAAAAAACCCCAGAAAAGAAGAACCCAACCCCCAAAGUAAUAAAAAGGCAACAUGGCUUUUUGUCCCAUAGCGCUGCCGGCGGGGCUGGGGGCUCCGGCUGCUCGUGGCGCCCCUCGCACGGCCGGGACCCCUCGCUGUGACCGGCCCGGGGGUCAGCCCGUGCUUUCCUCUGCACUUAUUUUACUUGAUUUGUUUAUAAAUAAAAGGAUACCAAGUUCC